CAACGUGACACACCCAGACAAUCAAGUGACGAGACACACACAUACACACACACAUCCACCACCAGUCGAUCGAUCCGACAGGUAGCUAGCCAUGGCCGCCGGGAGGAAGGUGAUGAGCAACGCCGGCGUCGCCGCCGCGCUGGUGGUGCUGCUGGUCGUGGCGGCGGCGUCGAGCGUGGCCGGGGUCUGCAAGGUGGACACGGGCAGCAUGGUGAGAAACUGCAGGACCUACUGCACGGUGGGCAGCACGGAGGCCAGUCCCAGCAGCGCGUGCUGCGGGGCUGUGCGCGGCGGUGACUUCCACUGCCUCUGCCAGUACAGGAGCGUGCUGCCCAACGACAUCGACGCCAACCGCGCCAUGCAGAUCCCCGGCAAGUGCGGCUACGGGGCGGCCAACUGCUAGUUUCCGUCACGCGCUACCAGCAGCUCGAUUCGCGCCGGCGUGGUCUGCCCGUCGCCGGUUGCACGAGUAGAUCAUAACGUUGUGUUUUGCUGUCAACUUUGGCUGAUCGGAUGGUGCUCCUGCGUGGGUGCAUGCUCUCUGUUGGCCAUGCUACCUUUGUAUCCUCUUCUGCUUUUCGCAGGUCAUGUCGCUGUGUGUCUACAACGACCAUGUCGCUCAAAUAAAACUUGUUUCCCGUGAUA